CACACGAUGCUCGCAUUUUCCUCGAUGCAAUCAAUAAUCCAAGUCUAAAUUUUCCGAAACCACCACCAGGUAAAUAUUAUUUAGUUGAUAAAGGUUUCCCAGAAAGACAAGGGUAUCUCACACCUUACUUCAAGACAAGAUAUCAUCAAACAGAAUUUCGUGCUGCAAAUCCAAGGGGAUCUCGAGAAGUGUUUAAUCGAGCGCAUUCAUCUCUAAGAAGUUGCAUUGAGAGGGCUUUCGGAGUUCUUAAGGCGCGGUGGAGAAUUUUACAAAAAAUGCCCAUAUAUUCAUUAUGUGACCAGAAUAAGAUAAUUUGUUGUUGUUUUGCACUGCAUAACUACAUUCGGAA